AGAAUUAAAAAAGAAAAAAGCAAUUGGCGCUGACCCUUCAAAAUGGUUUCCGUUAAGAAAAAUAAAGAGAGAGAGAGAGAGAGAGAGAGAGAGGGCAUCCACCGGACCACAAAACGGACGAUCUAACAUAACCCAAAAUAAAAGCCAAAAUGCGGAUAUACAAAUAAAACUAUCGUCAACGGCCGGCCACGCGCCUUCCCAUCAUGAGAUCCCACGUGGUUUGAAAUUCAUGAGUAACCGGCCAAACCAUCCCCACGUGAACCCUCUCCGUUUGUGCAAAUUCCCCCCUCUGGCUACCCACGCCGCACUCUUUCCCUAGUCAGCGACCCCACACCCCCCCUCCCUCUCUUCACCGAAUUUGGCCGAAGCCGUAGCCGAAUCCGAGCCCCUUCCGACACUCUAACCAAACCAUCAUGACCCAACCCCCCACCCCCCCCUCCUCUCUCCUUCCGGUUCCGGCCCGCUACCUUUUCGGUUCCCUAUCCCUAUCCCCAUCCCCUAUCCCAUCCCCGGCGAUAUCAUCGCCUCGACCGCUUCACUCGCCGACGCUCCCUUUUUCUUUUAUCCUCCCCCAUCUUCUUCUUCUCUCUUUCUCUUCUCUUUCUCUUCCCAUUUCUCAUGGGUGAUCUAACCGAUUCCCUCACCCCUUCCUCUGCUAACUCUCGCCAACUUCCUAUUCGUGAGGAUUGUUGGAGCGAGGACGCUACUUCCACUCUCAUCGACGCUUGGGGUCGCCGUUUUCUCGACCUUAAUCGUGGAAAUCUCCGUCAGAAGGACUGGCAAGACGUUGCCGAUUCUGUUAACUCUCUCCACGGUCUUACCAAGAAGACCCAUCGCACCGAUGUUCAGUGCAAGAACCGGAUCGAUACCGUUAAGAAGAAGUAUAAGACCGAGAGGGCUAGGGUUUCUGCUUCCCAUGGGAAUUUUGUUUCCUCUUGGCCUUUUUAUGCUCGUCUUGAUGAACUCAUUGGUCCUACUGUUUCUAUGAAGAAACCCUCUUCUCCUCCUUUGGCUCUUCCUUUGCCCUUCCGUAAGACGCCUCCUCCUUCCGCUGCUGCUUCUUCUGCUGUUGUCGCUGUCUCUCAAAAGCGGUCUGCUGCUGCCAUGGAUCAUGUGUCUUUUCGGAGGAAUUACUCGGCUAUGGCGGCUGCUGCUGCUGCGGUUGCAUUGUCGGAGGAGGAGGAGGAUGAAGAGGAAGAGGAGGAGGAGGAGGAGAGAGUGAGCGACGAUGAAGAGGCGGAAGGGGAGGGUAUGAGUAGGUUGGCAAGAGCGAUUAAAAGGUUUGGGGAGGUGUAUGAAAGAGUGGAGGCUGAGAAAGUGCGACAAAUGGUGGAAUUGGAGAAGCAGAGGAUGCAAUUUGCUAAGGAUUUGGAGCUGCAGAGGAUGCAUAUGUUCAUGGAGACCCAGGUUCAGCUUGAGAGGAUUAAGCGAGGGAAGAAAUCAACUCCCAGUGGGAAUCCUCCAGAUGAAGUCUACAUUCUAAACACGAUGAAAGCUUAUCAUGCAAUCACUUUUCUUGGAGACGAUAAGGUUCCUGAUUCCUGACUUGAUAGGUUGUUCUACACAUUAAAGAGGAGAAGUAUUGCAAUUCUUCAGGUUUGAGAUAUGUAGAGGUAGCUGUGUGAGAAGGAAUGACAUAAAAACUUGAUAUAAGGUACAUACAAAUGGAAGCUGCUGAUAUUGUGGAGGAGAUGAUGAACACUUCUAAUUUUAAAUAUCAUAAAUGAGUUGGAAUUUAAUUUUGUGAAGUUAGCCAAGACCAACCCCUCUUCCCCACUACUUGUAGGGAAGUUAGGGAAACUGCUGUAAUAUCAACUUUUAGAUGUGAAAGCUAAUUUAUGACGAAUCUUUUCUUUUCUUUUUCUAAUCUUCUACUACUAAGAAUUCUCGUGGUGUAAUUCAGCUUCUUUAAAUAUCUUAAAUUUUAAAGAUUUGGUUCCGGGAAGUUAAUCUUGAACCAAUGUUACUUUUCUUUU